CGUGCUCGCGGGGGGGGGGGGGGAGAGGGUGGCCGGUGGUCACAUGACGGGGACGCCGCUGGGCGGAGGGAGCCGGGGCUCGGGGUUUCCGUGCGGGGCACGCAUGCUGAGCGGCGGCGGCGGCAGCGGCGGCGGCGGCAGGGCUGACCAUGAGUUUUCUUGGAGGUUUUUUCGGUCCCAUCUGUGAGAUUGAUGUUGUCCUUAAUGAUGGGGAAUCAAGGAAGAUGGCAGAAAUGAAGACAGAAGAUGGCAAAGUAGAAAAACAUUAUCUCUUCUACGAUGGUGAAUCUGUUUCAGGAAAGGUAAACCUAGCCUUUAAGCAACCUGGAAAGAGGCUAGAACACCAAGGAAUUAGAAUUGAAUUUGUAGGCCAAAUUGAACUCUUCAAUGACAAGAGUAAUACUCAUGAAUUUGUAAACCUAGUGAAAGAAUUGGCCUUACGUGGAGAAUUGACACAAAGCAGAAGUUAUGACUUUGAAUUUAUGCAGGUUGAAAAGCCAUAUGAAUCCUACAUUGGUGCCAAUGUCCGAUUGAGGUAUUUUCUUAAAGUGACAAUAGUAAGACGACUGUCAGACUUGGUAAAAGAGUAUGAUCUUAUUGUUCACCAGCUGGCCACCUACCCAGAUGUUAACAACUCCAUUAAGAUGGAAGUGGGCAUUGAAGACUGUCUACACAUAGAGUUUGAAUAUAAUAAAUCCAAGUAUCACUUAAAGGAUGUUAUUGUUGGAAAAAUUUAUUUCUUACUAGUAAGAAUAAAAAUUCAGCAUAUGGAGUUACAACUGAUAAAGAAAGAGAUCACUGGAAUAGGGCCCAGUACCACGACAGAAACAGAGACCAUUGCCAAGUAUGAAAUAAUGGAUGGUGCACCAGUCAAAGGUGAAUCAAUUCCUAUAAGACUCUUUCUAGCGGGAUAUGACCCAACUCCAACAAUGAGAGAUGUGAACAAGAAAUUCUCAGUACGAUAUUUUUUGAACCUGGUCCUCGUGGAUGAGGAAGAUAGACGGUACUUCAAGCAGCAGGAGAUCUUCUUGUGGAGAAAAGCUCCGGAGAAGUUGAGGAAGCCCAGGACGAACUUUCACCAACGCUUUGAGCCUCCGGAGCCACAGGCAUCAGCUGAGCAGCCUGAAAUGUGAAGGGAGGAAGGAGAGGGGAGAGGGAAGGGGAGGCUCCCGGGCCCAGGGGUCACAGCCUGCACAGGACAAGGCCUGAGACCCUGGCCUUGCCUCUCUCUGACCACACUCACCUAUUUUGCCGCACUACUAACCAUUCUCAAAGGUGUACAUUCAGUUAAAAACAAAGUGCUUUCUCUGAAACACUGAAAACUUUCUCAAGCUGCCGUCUUUUUUUUUUUUUUUAACUUCCUACUUUAAUUUGCUCAAAUGCACUCAGAUAUGCAUAUGCUUAAACAUUAAACAUUUCUACAUGUGUGUAAAAAAUUAAAUAAAAGGAGAAAUGAAUGUAUAGCUGUUCUUUAUUGAUAAAGAGUGAUAUUUUUUUGCUUGGUGGAUUCUAUAAUACUUGAUAGUAGCAUUCAUUCUUAACAAUGUUACAUAUUAAGCCAAAUAUGGAUACAAAGUGCCAACUUAUACUUUUGGAAACUUUUAAAGUCAAUAAAUCAAUAUUGUAAGAAAUAAAAUUUAGUUAUUAUAGCUAUAUAU